CUGAAGUGACGCGGUCUCCUUGGUUUCGACUUACUGCGCUUGCGCUCUAGAGAUUUACUGUCAUGGCGGCGUCGUUACAAAAAUAUGAGCUAAUUUUCAGCGAUUGACUUACUUAAAAAAUAAAAACACAGACGAGAACAUGCAUAGCGACAAGAAAAUAACCAAGGAAGACACGUGGAGACCAGCAGACCUGAAAAGACACAUCAGGGAGGAAGGACGUGGUGAUGACUAUACUAGGAAGCGAGGUGACAGUGAGAGAAAGCUCAGAGGUGGGGAAUCUAUAGAGAGACGCCGCAGGGACCCGGAGCAGGAGUACAGACGAGAGAGAGAGAAGGCGAAGGAAAGGGAGAGUACAAAAGACAGAAGAGAUGAAAACGAAAAAGACAGAUAUGCAGAUCGACGGAAAGAGGGCUCACGGGAUAGGAGAGGCGACAUGGAAAAGGAACAAAGAGAUGAGAGGGAUAGGGAGAAGAGAAGAGGAAGAGACAAGUUGGUGGAUGAAAAAAGGUACGUUGAAGAGAACAGAGACAGGAGGCAAAAUAGAGGGGAAAAUAUUGAGCGGGAGAGGGACACGGAAAGACACAGAGAUAAGGAGAAAGAGAGGGAAAGGGACAGAGAGAGACCCAACAAGGAAGACAGGGACAAAAGGAAGGAAGAUAGAGACAAGGAGAGAAGGAGAGAGGAACAGGACAGAAGGCACAGGACUGAGAAGGAGAGAAGGAGACAUGAGGAAAUUGGAGAAGGAGAAAGAGAUCGGCUAGAAAGGCAUGAAAGAGAGAAGAGAGAUCGGCAUCGAGAGAGAGGACAACACAAAGAUGAAUAUGAAGACAAGAGGAUCAACAAAGACAGACAAGCGAGACAUGCAGACAGAAAGGAACUGAAGGAGGAAAACGUGCACAAAGAAGAACAUAGAAGACAUAAAGAGGAGAGAGAAAGGAGACACAAAGAGAGAGGAUAUCAUGAUGAAAGGUGGAAGCUUGACAGUGAAUCCAGGGAGCAUAGACGCUUGAAGGGGCCAAGCGAAGAGGUCAGACCUCACCGUGGUGACAGAGAGCAAGCACAAUUGGACAAACGCAAAGAGAGAAGGCACAGAGAGGAGGAGGAGGAACCGGAAAGAAAUCAUCACAGCGACAGGACUGGCUCCAAGAAAUCAGCGUCUGACAAUAGUCAUAGGCAUGAUACUAAAACUGAGGUUGUCAAAGAUGAGGAUUUGGCUGACCAGGAAUAUGAAGAUGACUUUGAGAAACUGGAUUAUGAGGAGGAUUUUGAGGAGAUGGAUGAGAGUGCAGAUGAAGGUGAGGAUGAGAAGGAGCCACAGCAUCCAGAGGUGGCUGAAGAGAGGGAGGAACUUACACCACAAAGAAGAAAUGAAAUUGAAGCAAUUCAGAAAGCCAUGGAUGAAGAGAACAAGAGAGUUGGAACAGCUCAGUCCAGACAAAUAGCGAGCAGAGAGGAGGAAGAUCGGUCCAGAGGAUCUGAAAAGAACCAGAGUAGAGCCUCCCAACGCGGGAAGUUUAUCGACUUUGUGACCGCAAAGCAGCGUGAAGUCAGCAAGAAAGUCGCCACUAAACAGAAGAAACGCAGUACUGAGCUUCUUCGCUUGAUUGAUUUGGAUUUCUCGAUUACAUUCUCCCUUUUGGAUCUGUCCCCUGUUAAUGAAUAUGACAUGUAUAUUAGAAACUUUGGAACUGCCAACACUAAGCAGGCUUACGCUCAGUGUAACGAGGAUAAUGCAGACAGAGACAUUCAGACAGAGGAGAUAGAGGUGUGUGAGAAGUGGACGCAGCAUCCUCCAGAGCACAGUGGAGCCUGUGGUGAUCCGUACCUGUCCCAGGAAGCACGAGACAAAACCACAAGUGAAAUAAACUUUGAUUCUCAGCGUCUGGCAGCAUUUCUGCGCUCAGCCUCACAGGUCAUGGUUGUCCUGUUGGAAGAGGAUCAAGCUGAGAGAAAAUCCCUGAGGAAGCUGACAUCUCAAACAGACACACACUCUUUCAGCGAUGGAAGUUUACAGCUCAACACUAAGUUGCCUUUUCUUUAUGGUCGCAGCAUCAGCCUGGUGCACUUCUCUCAGGUCCAGAGGCACACCAUGAUGUCAGUCCACAGCCCUACGACUAAGCCCAGUGCUGUGCGUCUUGACAGCUGCACCAUCAUCUGCAUCUGGAACAUUUGGGAGCCAUCCAGACCUCAAAAAGUCCUUGUCUACGAAUCUGAGGUGCAGUGUUGUUGCUUCAGCCCAGGAAAGGCCAUAUUGGUGUUUGCGGGCACAGCUGUCGGCUCUGUGCUGCUGUGGGACCUGAGGGAGCACGCUAGUAACCAUUACCGCUUGAAGAUAGGAGAGGAUGAGUGGACUUUCCGACAGCCCACCUUCUCCACCGAUGCAGUGAUGGCCGGUUCAGGCCAUUUCUCAUCUGUGACAUCUGUAGAAGUCGUCCCCUCCGCUGUAGCAGGGGGGCUGAGGCCAGAGGUCCCCCUUUUGGCAUCUGAGGAAGAGUCAUCAGGAUUAUCAUUCCAGCUGGCUUCUCUGGAUGAAAGUGGGGUUUUAAAUUUCUGGGUGGUAGUGGAACUCCCAAAAGCCAACGAGGCCGGCUCUCCAACAGAUCUCGGGCUCAGACCUGGGGGCAAAGUGAAGUUGCUUCACAGCUCCUCCCUCCUCACUGCUGAGAGGGUAUCACCACGAGAUGCAGUGAAAACAGGGCCGUCACAGACACUUCAUUUAAAAUUCCUCCCAACAGACUCCAAUCAUUUCUUUAUCGGCACCAAUAUGGGUCUAGUCAAUCAUGGAACGAGUCACGGUUUGAAGGCGCCACCGAAGUUUUACAGGUUUCAGGAGGCUGGAGUCCGGCCCGUUGAUGUCAGCGCGAUCCACUUUUCUCCCUUCAGGCAACACUUGUUCUUGGUGGGUUGUGGUGAUGGCAGUAUCAGGCUGCAUGCAGUCAGCCGUGAGCAGCCUCUGACAGAGUGGAAGAAUAGUACAGCUGGUGAGCCCGUGGUCUCACUGCAGUGGGCCCAAACCAGACCAGCAGUCUUCUGUGUGCUCGAUGCAGCCUCUAAUCUCCACAUAUGGGACCUGCUGAAAAAUGACAGAGAGCCUGUGGUCACCGAAAGCAUGAAUUCUGACAGGGUGAUAGCCAUGGCUGUGUUUGGAGACUCAGGACAACAAAACACAUAUUCAGGAGUAGCACUGGCACACGAGUCAGGAAAAAUAGAAAUGUCGUAUUUCACAAGACAUUUUACUGUACCCGUUACUGCAGAAGAGGAGAAACUGGAGAGCAUGAUGACUGAAGCCUUCUGAAACACUGCAGCUUGUAUGGCUGCAUUUAGACUGGUGUGUUUGUGUUAAUUCAAACGAUUUACUGCACUUUUAGCCUCUGGAAGAGCAUAAAGAUCAAUUUAUAAAUC